AUGCCUAUAUCCUUCAAAGUUGCCGACCAUAGCGCCAACACUUUUACCGGGUGGUCAGCAUACAACCACACCAGAGAGUGUCAGAACGCCGACGAUCUUCUGGCUGCAUCAUGGGGACUCAUUUCCGAGAACAAUAAGUAUAAUGAACUUCUACAAAGCUCCUUCGGAUCCGGAUUUAAGGACAUAAUGCCUCAAAGGAAUGGGUAUGUAAACACAGCGGUGCAUGCCAACAAUCGUCAUCAGACUCUUGUGUCAAGACCCGACGACGUAUGGAUUGCAAUUCUAGGACAGUUCAAUUUCUAUGUCAACGCCAAUGCAGAAAAGUUGCGCUCAAGUUUUGUUAAGCACGAAGGAAAGAAACGGCUCGAAGUCAGAGCAACAGGCGAUCGGUAUACUGUUGAUUUUGGCGACUUGGCUCAUCAAAUGACCAGCAAGAUUCUUGAAAACGUUGUUGAUAAGAGGUUGGAAAGCUGGAUCCUACCCAAUUUCUCCACCACGACUUUUAAUGACAUAGUAGUCUGUUCUGUUCUGAUGAUGGCAACUCUCAAAGCAUAUUUCUCGUAUGUGUUCAUCCUGGAAUGUGGCAUACCUUCGAGACCUCUGGAAGGUACAAAACUUGACCGGGAGAAUCUUUUGGCUCGUGUGGAUAAGCUGGACACAUUUGGAGAGGAGCCCAAAGCGUGGGCUAUCUUGUUAAGGUUUAUCUUGCGCAAAUUCGUGCUGGCUUUUGAGGACGAGCAUGAUCCCGAGUUUUGGAGCCGUAUAUGUCAUUUUGACAGCGGAUCCGAUUCACAGUCCGUCUCAGGGUGGAUCACGGCGUUCUGCGUCUGGGAUAGCAAAGGAAUAUGGCAAGGCCCAGAUGUCUCAGAAACGUUAAAUUCCCCACCGGAACCGAUUCGUGACAAUAUAGAGGAAAAUCGAUUCUGGUUUACAACCAACAUGGAUUUGGAGCUAUCUACCAUUCCAGUUGGAUUUUGCGAGGUUGACGUGCUGUUGAUUGACAACGGAGUACCCUUCGAUUGUAUGAUGGUAUCGGGACAUGUUGCGACGCGAAUCCAAGGGCGACAACGAGACACUGUUAGUCCCUCAUCUGGCUGGUUUAUGUUUAUCAAACACGGCGCGGAAAAUCAUGCAAAGUUGAUGGCGACGACCAAGGCAAUGGAGUUGUAG